AUGGUUCAUUUAGGUCAAGUCACAAACGAUUCCGAGGUCCUGAAGGGCAAUGCUGGAGGCAUCGAUGAAUCCCAGCUCGGCCCACAAGGUGCUCAGUCUGGUGAUUUCGAGACCAGCAUCUAUGGCAGCAGAUUUGCAGCAGAGGACCUUCCGCGUCAUGAGAUGCCGUCUGGCGAAAUGCCCGCCGCGACGGCUUAUCGUAUGAUUAAGGAUGACCUGACCCUGGACGGCAACCCUACCCUCAACCUUGCAUCAUUCGUCACUACAUACAUGGAGCCCGAGGUGGAGAAGCUCAUGACGGAUGCCUUUUCCAAAAACUUUAUCGACUACGAGGAGUACCCCGUGUCUGCCGACAUACAGAACCGCUGUGUCAACAUGAUUGCCCGUCUCUUCAAUAUUCCCACCCACGACGAUAAUACCAACGCCAUGGGCACAUCGACUGUCGGCUCAUCUGAGGCCAUCAUGCUCGCAACUCUGGCUAUGAAGAAGACUUGGGUCAACAAGCGCAAGGCAGAGGGCAAGGACUAUUCUCGUCCCAACAUCAUCAUGAACUCGGCUGUUCAGGUUUGCUGGGAGAAGGCAGCUCGCUACUUUGAUGUCGAAGAGAAAUACGUCUAUUGUACCAAGGACCGCUAUGUCAUCGAUCCAAAGGAGGCUGUCGACCUCAUUGAUGAGAACACAAUCGGUAUCUGCUCUAUUCUUGGUACCACCUACACCGGCGAGUAUGAAGACACCAAGGCCAUCAACGACCUGCUAGUUGAGCGUAAUCUUGACAUUCCCAUUCACGUUGACGCCGCAUCCGGUGGUUUCGUUGCACCGUUCGUCAAGCCAGACCUCAUUUGGGACUUCCGUCUUGAGAAGGUCGUCUCAAUCAACGUUUCUGGCCACAAAUAUGGUCUCGUCUACCCCGGUGUCGGCUGGUGCAUCUGGCGUGACCCCAAGUUCCUUCCCACAGAAUUGAUCUUCAACAUCAACUACCUGGGUGCUGACCAGGCUUCUCUGACCCUGAACUUCUCCCGCGGCGCUUCCCAGGUCUUGGGCCAGUACUACCAGCUGAUCCGUCUCGGCAAGUCGGGCUACCGCGCCAUCAUGUUCAACUUGACAAAGACCGCCGACUACCUGGCUGCCUCCGUCCAGAAGAUGGGCUUCUUGCUCAUGUCCAAAACUCGUGGUGAGGGUCUUCCUCUGGUUGCAUUCCGUCUUAACCCCGAUGAUGGCCACUUGUUCGAUGAGUUUGCUAUUGCCCACCAACUCAGACAGCGUGGUUGGGUCGUUCCUGCUUACACCAUGGCUCCUCACUCGGAAGGCCUCAAGAUGAUGCGUGUUGUUGUUCGCGAGGACUUCUCACGCAGCAGAUGCGAGGCAUUGAUUGCCGACAUCAAGCUUGCCAUGGAGACCCUUGGCAAGAUGGAUGAGCAGAAGGUCAAGGAGCACAAAGAGCACAUCAAGCAGCACGGCACCAACACCGGUCGUCAUAAGAAGAUGAACCAGCAGUUCACAGACGAGAAGCACUCGCUCCAAGGCAAGACUGGCAAGACCCACGCCGUCUGCUAA